AUGAUUGAGCUCUCCCAGCUCAGUCGACAGUCCGAAGAGGCAGAGCCUCUGAACGGGACGGUUCCGCAAGCUAUCUGUCUCCAGGUGGAGGACCCCGAGCCAGCCCAGGCUAGACGACAAAACCCCUGGAAAUUCUGUAAUGAACCUGUGAAGGGGAAAUGUAAACUGUGGAUGGCAAUUGUUUCUGUCUUCAUAAGCCUCAUUCUAGUAAUUUUGAUAGGCAUAUUUAUCCAUGAAGCAAGCUACAGUGAUGAAGAUGAAAAUGAAAUACUUGAAUUAUCAUCUAAUAAAACAUUUUUGGUCACACUAAAGAUUCCAGAAGAGUGUAUUACCGAAGAGGACACAUUAUCUAAUGAGCUCAGUGAAAGGCUCACAAUGGUAUACAGUUCAUCUCCAGCUCUGAGCCGAUAUUUUGCUUCAGUUGAAAUAGCUGACUCCAGUAGUGACAACUCCACCGAGACAUACCACCUGCACUUUGCAGUUCCAUCGGAGGAUGACGACUUUAUGCAGUACAUGAUGAGCGAGGAGUUAGUGUUGGGCAUUUUACGUCAAAAUUUUCAUGAUGAGAGUCUGCCAGCCUGUAAAACGCUGGGGAUUGAUCCAGCUUCUCUCUCACUCUUCUCUAAGUGCAAGGAUCCAGGAAUCAAGGAUCAAGCCCUUGCUCUAGUGAAAUGGAGUCAGACCCUUGGUUUCCGAAGGCAGUAG